AUGCACAAGUAUGAGAAUGUGGCAAGUCAUGCUCAAAUCUUGAUGCAACCAUCAAAACAAGCUAGUUCAUUUGAAGCUCUUAGGAUCAGGGACAUGCAUUGGACGAGAACAACUGAGACAACAGGUGGUGAAUUAUCAUAUAAGCCUCCAAUAUAUGAUAUUCCAAAUGGAAUCCUUCGCUGGUUAUUCCAAGUACUCCUGCUUGAAGCUACACUCCACACAUUGGGAGAUGGAGACGUGCCAUUGCUUGAUAUUGUUGCUUAUGGUGGAUGCACUUUUGCUGCAGAGUCGGUCGUCCUGCUCGCAAGUAUUGUGUCCACUUAUUUCUUUUAUGCAGUCACAUUGUGGGAAUGCUUUUGUAUGGGAAUGUUCUUCAUCGAGAUCUUGAAGAGAAUUUUGAUCGCUGAGGUGACAAGUUCUGAGAAGCAUUCAAGCAAGCGCCACUAUCUCUUGCUAUCUGUUUGUAUUGCCCAACUCCCAUUGCUCUGUUGGCUUGGAAAUGUUGGUGUUUAG